UAGCACAGCGGCUAACAGGUAACUAGCUUUCAAGCUAAGGUGCGUCUCCAGGCCGGGCUGUACCUGUGUAUGAAACACGCCAUGCUCUCUGUAGUUUGCCAGCAAAGCGGGUAAAUAUUCUGGACGCUGUUCCUUCAGAACCGAUACCAAACCCUCCGUUAAUCGGAUAGCAGAGGGGCCACGCAUCCAAGCCGAUGUAGCCAUUUUGCCUCUGUGUUAGGAGGACGUCACAAGUGUGCGACCAAGUGACGUCAAGUUAGUGAGUUCUUUGUUUAUGUGCCGCUUUAGCCGUUUGUGCUCAGGUUUCAGUCAGCAGAUUUAGAUUUACUCCGGUCUAAAGGGUGAAGUUGGACUGUGGAAGUAAUAGUUGUUCUUGAAGAGCUGCUGAUUGUUUCCUGCCUGUUCAUGGCGAAUGAGCGGCUCAGAGCUCUGGAGGAAGUGGAGAAGGAGAUAGCGACGACCCUGCAGUGUGCCGGAAAUAUAAUUCUGGAACUCUCCAAAGACAAACACAACGCCAGUCACCUGGACAGACAGCUGGUCCAGUUCCAGAGCUCCGUCAACCGGGUGGAGAGCGAACUGAGCGGCCAGAUCCGCUACCUCACACAGGUCGCCACUGGUCAACCUCACGAAGGUUCUACUUACUCAGCGCGGAAGGACUGUCAGAUGGCGCUGAACAGAGCCGAGUACGCCAAGGUGAAACUGGGAGAACUGGGACGGACCUGUGAAGUCAUGCUGGAGCAGCAGCAGCAGCAGCAACAACAACAACAACAGCAGCAGCAGCAGCAGCAGCAGCAGCAGCAGCAACAACAACAACAGCAGCAGCAGCCAACAUGAGAAAAGAGAGAAAUAAUAAGAAAAAUGUUGCAUUUCUGGGUAUAUUUUUUUGUUUUAUGGCAAUUUUUUGAUACCAAAUGUUUUGCCAUAAUCAGCACUUGUUGUGAUCUAGCACUCAUACACAUCAUACCGAGAGAAAUCUCAAAAGCAGAAGUACAAGUUCUCUACCGAAACGAUCUGUGAGAUAUCUGUUAUUACACCCAUGCAACACCAAUAUUAGCCCCAUAUUAUCAGUGACGAAACAAUACACAACGAUCGUGAUGUGCUCCUGGAUGGCCAUUAGAAUCACAAAGAGUAAAAACAGACGUUAGGAAAGUGAAAGCAACAAAGAAGAAACUUUCCCUGACCAAGACGUUUCUCUUUCAUUAAAGUCGAAUCUAGGCUCAAUUAAAGGAGCCCAAUGGAAGUACAGCGGACAGUGACCGUGACGUUUUUUGCCUUAAGUCUCUAUUGUCUUUAGCCCCUCUGUAAUAUAUGCCAAACUGUCCUCAUUAACGCUCCAAACGUUGCUCUAUGACGCCAUGCAUCUGUCCACGACUCACUGGACUUUGUCAUUUCAAAAGUCAUUUCCUUUGAUUAUUUGUACUAUUUGUUUCAUUUUGAGUAAAAAAAACAACCCACAAAAAA